GGGAAUAGAAUCAGCAGUGUUGCUAUUACAAAAUGACAAAACAUCCUCCGAAUAGAAGAGGGAUCAACUUUGAGGUGGGAGCCCAGUUGGAAGCCCGUGACAGAUUAAAAAACUGGUACCCAGCUCACAUUGAAGAAAUUGAUUAUGAAGAGGGGAAAGUCCUUAUCCACUUCAAACGCUGGAACCACAGAUACGAUGAAUGGUUUUGUUGGGACAGUCCUUACUUGCGUCCCUUAGAGAAAAUACAGCUGAGGAAAGAAGGACUGCAUGAGGAAGAAGGUUGUGCAGGGUUUCAUAUCAAUGAUCAGGUGUUGGCAUGCUGGUCUGACUGUCGCUUCUACCCAGCCAAAGUCACUUCUGUUAACAAAGAUGGUACAUACACUGUGAAGUUUUAUGAUGGUGUAGUUCAGACUGUCAAAAACAUUCAUGUCAAAGCUUUUUCCAAAGAUCAGAACGUUGUGGGUGAUGCCAAGCCUAAGGAAAGAGGUAAUGAAAUUCCGUCAUCUCCUGAAAACCGGGAGAAGUUUAAAGAGCAGAGGAAAGCAGCAGGGAAUGCCAAGAAAGACGAGGAUGAAAAGACAUUAAAGACUGAGAAACGAGUGAAGCAGCCUGAUAAAGAGGGAAAGUUCAUAGUCAUCUCUGAAAAAGGCAAGGUCUCAGAAAAGAAUCUGUCUAAGAAUGGAAAAGAAGAUAAAGAGAAUAUAUCAGAGAAUGAUAUGGAAUAUUCAGUAGAUACACAAAUUGAGAAGAAGCCUGAGAAUGACAAUGUGAAGAGUCCACAGGAAAACACAAAAGAAACCAAACGGAAGCGUGGCAGACCUCCAGUAACCCCCCCAACAGAGUCAAAUUCCCAGACGCUGCAGCCUAUCACUUUGGAGUUAAGACGCCGGAAAAUACCCAAAGGAGGUGAUGUCCCAUCAAAGCGUCCUAGGAUUGACAAAAACUUGUCUCAGGAAAAAUUUAAGAACUCCUCAGAUAAUGCUGAGAGAGACCAGAUCAGGAGACGAUCCUCAAGGCUCUCCUCCAGUAUUAGUCAUGAGAUUUUAAAUACAGAGCAUGUCACAACCUCCACAGAAAUUCAGCCUUGGAAAGAUGCAGCAUCUAACCAAAAUCAAUCUGAGAAGGUCCAGUUAGAAAUUCCUGUUGAAUCUGACCAAAGUUUCAGUGAACAAGGAUCACCUGGAAGCACGUCGCAGAGCACAGCACUCAAUACAGAUGCCACUUUGCAGGAAGAGAAAGCUGAAGACACCAAGUCUUCCUCUGUUACUGUCAGAACUCAAGAACCUUCUGCUGCCACAGUAACAAAACCUUGUAGGAGAACAGAUUUUCUUGCGUCAAAAAAAGCUGCAGCUGUUGACCAAGAUAACAAGUUUAGAUGCAAGUUCUUGGACUGUUCCAAAUCCUUCCGCAAAGCCAAGCUGUUACAUUAUCACAUGAAAUACUUUCAUGGAGUGGAGAAGGCUGCAGAAGCACAGCAGAACCCUGUAAAAAGAAAUAUUCAAACCAGAGCUUCUUUGGCUUCUGAAAAAGCUAAUCAAGAAAGGUCAAAGAGAGGACGGAGCACAGCUGGGUCACUGUAUGGUCCUCUACACAUAGCCCUAAGGAGUACCUCAUAUAGAGAUGAAAAAGUAGAAAAGAGAAGAACUUCAGCUGCUGUAAGUGCAUUAACUAGUCACCGACAUUCGGUUAGAGACCAAGCCAGGAACCACAUAGCCAGAGCUCUGCGGAGGCCUCGGCAAAGAGUUGAACAUGCUGUUAAACAACAUGAGAAGAACAAAGAGAGAAAAUCCAAAGACAAUGCAAGAUCCAAGUCAAAGAAAAAGAAAAAAAAGAAAAAGAGAUCGAAGCCUGAGUAUGCUGGCCUUGGGGAGAACACAGAUAUCUCGCAGGAGCUUUCUCCUGAGAAAUCAGUUGUCACAAAAGGUGUUUCUUCAAAUAAAUCAUCUGCACACGCCAGCACGCUGCUGCACUGCGCUGAGCACGGGCAGCACAGGGGGAAAUCGAAGGCAAAUGAGGAUGACACCCUGAGUGAGUCAUCUAUGGACAGCUUGCUGUGGAGUGACGAUGACUGCAGUCAGGAUGUUGAUGUAACCACCAACCCUGAUGAAGAAGUUGAAGAAAGUGAUUUUGAGAUUGUUCGUUGUGUUUGUGAAGUAAAGGAAGAAAAUGACUUCAUGAUUCAGUGUGAAGAGUGUCUGUGCUGGCAGCAUGGAGUCUGCAUGGGCUUACUGGAAGAUAAUGUACCUGAGAAGUACACCUGUUAUGUUUGCCAAGAUCCUCCAGGUCAGAGGUCCAGCCUGAAGUACUGGUAUGAGAAGGAGUGGUUGAGUAAUGGUCACAUGCAUGGCUUAGCAUUUUUGGAAGAGAAUUAUUCCCACCAGAAUGCCAAGAAGAUAGUAGCCACUCACCAGCUUCUUGGGGAUGUGCAGAGAGUGAUAGAAGUCCUGCAUGGGCUGCAGCUGAAGAUGAGCAUAUUACAGAAUAAAGAACAUCCUGACCUAAAGCUUUGGUGUCAUCCGUGGAAGCACAUCACAGUGGAUGAGAAAAUCCAUACAAAACACAUCAUUCACUUUGAGGAAAACUGCUGCAAAGAGGAGACUGCAGGUUAUAGAACUUGGAAUGGGACAGUGGACAAACCCUCAACCAUUCCCUCUGUGGAGGAGUCUUACAUCACGAGUGAGCACUGUUACCAGAAGCCUCGGGCCUACUACCCUGCCAUAGAGCAGAGGCUGGUGGUGGAAACAAGAGGCUCAGCCAUGGAUGAUGGAGUGAAUAGGAUACGGGAAAAUGGAGAUGAUACCCUGUCAGAGAGAUUUGGCUGGAAUCUGGACCAAGAAAUAUGCAGGAUGGAAAACGAAUCCAAACACAAUUACUCUAAGGUGAGGGAGUCUGCCUCGAAGAAGGUCUCUCCAGAGGAAGCUAUUGAAAUGAAAUUGCUGGAAAAAGACAAAGAAGGAGUUGUGAACUCACAGCUGCAGUGGCAGCUCAAUCUUUUAGCUCACGUGGAAUCUCUGCAGGAUGAAGUCAUACACAGAAUGGAUUUCAUUGAGAAGGAGCUAGAUGUUUUGGAGAGCUGGCUGGAUUACACAGGAGAGCUGGAACCCCCAGAACCACUGGCUCGACUGCCCCAGCUCAAACACUGUAUAAAGCAGCUGAUCACAGACCUGGGCAAGGUGCAGCAGAUCGCGCUGUGCUGCUCCACGUGAGGCCGCAGGGCACUGGGGACUGUCACGGGGUGUGAAGCUGGAGCAGCUCUGGGGCUGGAAAUGACAUUAGCAUGCUGCUUGCAUGGGAUGCAGAUUGACUUCAGGGACUUGUGAAGAAGAGUUGUUCAAAGAACAUCCAGAAGGUUAUUUCGGGUUCAUUCUAAGGCUGUGGAAGAGG